AUGCAGGUGCGACGUGUAUUGUAUUUUCUGGCUCUAAUUAUGAGUGUUGCCUCUGUUUGCUUGGCGGCUGAUGAGGCUGGAGGGCAUGAACAUUCUUCUGCAUCUUCUAACUCUGGUGAUGGUGAUUGUCGUCCUCCUGAUGAAGAAAAUGCUAGAAAUACUCUUAAUGGUCCUCUUAAUAUUCCUCAAUAUUGUGCUAAUCAGCGUCCUUCUAAUGCUUCUCCUGCUGGCAGUAGUAAUGGUUCUGCUCAUCCUGCUGCUCCUUCACCUCCUGUUCCUUCUCCUCCUAUUGCUGAACCUCCUUCAUCUAUUGCUGCUGGUGCUGCUGUGGAAGGGAAUGACGGUUCGUCUCCAUCUGGAGGUCAAACUGGAGCCAACGUCAACAAUCCAGCAGGUGAAGGUGCAGUCAACGCGGAGAGUACAGCAGCAGCACAACCCACUUCUCCUUCUCCCGAAUCUUCAGACACAGAGACUGCCAAUGGUUCUGGUACUGCAAACGAUGGGGGUGGCAGUACACCUGCAGGGAGUGAGUCAUCCAAUAACCCAAGUGAUGCAGAUAAUACAGAAAACACUACAACCACUACUACCACUACAAUUCCUACUGUCCCUGAAAUCAGCAAUAGCAACAUAAUGCCAAAUGUGAAGGGUGAUGCAGACAGCAGCAGCAGUAUCAGCAGUUCUGUGUGGGUGCGUGUACCACUACUGAUUGUGGUUACACUAGCUUGUAUUCUUGUGUGCUGA